AAAGUCCGUCAUCUUCGAUGCACCCGGGAAUUUAGGAACCAAUGUGAGUAUUGUUGCGUUAAGCGAGUACGGAAGCAGUCCCGUUUGGAAAAAGUGAGCGAUUGACGCACAGACCUCAUCCCCCACAGACUCCCAAGCCGCUUUGAAAAAACCUGAGGUGAGACAGUGAAGUUUAGGAGAUUCUGGAACCAAUCCCGUGAGGAGUAGAUUGAGAAGGAGAUAGAAGUCGGGCCCAGAACUGAGCAGAAGUGAGACACAGCUAGGUUACUCAUCUCCAUAGGAUCUGUUAUCCAGACACCUGAAGCAUUGAGGAAGGCUCUGAUUGCAUUGUAGCUCAUUCUCACUUGACAUAUUCUGUGGAAGAAGGUCUCUUUCCUCUUGGAAGGUUGUUGACGUCGGGUUCUGAAGCGCCUGGACCUGCACACAUUGAAGCAAACUGCGAAAGAGAGGCUGAUAAAGAUAGUUAAGAAGGUUGUGAAGGAGAGGCAAAUGGCUACUACGGAUACGGUGAGGAAGACUUCUCCAGCGAAUGACGCGGUGGAUGUGCUAUUAAGAGACGUUAGUGACGGUGGUAGUUCAGAUACGCCAUCUCAGCCUUUGGAUUUCGUCAGUGGGAAGAUCGUAGAGAUGAUGAUACCCGGAGAGGAAACAAUGCCAACGGCAAUGACCUUGGCUGUCAAAUUCCUAAGUGACAAUCCCGUCGCUCUAGCCAAACUCGUGGAGGAGAAUAUGGAGUUUAAGAGGCGUAAAUUGGAGUCAGGAGAAGAAUACAAUUGGUCAGACUAUAUGUCUCUCUCUUUUACUCAUAAUGUGAUAAAUGAAACGCUGAGGAUGGCUAAUAUCAUUAACGGUGUGUGGAGGAAGGCUCUCAAAGAUGUAGAAAUUAAAGGUUACUUAAUACCAAAAGGAUGGUGUGUAUUGGCAUCAUUCAUAUCGGUUCACAUGGAUGAAGACAUUUAUGAGAAUCCCUAUCAAUUCGAUCCGUGGAGAUGGGACAGAAUUAAUGGAUCGGUAAACAGUAAUGUUUGCUUCACACCCUUUGGUGGUGGACAAAGGCUAUGUCCUGGUUUAGAACUAUCGAAGCUCGAAAUCUCCAUCUUUCUUCACCAACUCGUAACCCGAUACAGCUGGAGAGCCGAGGAAGACAAGAUCGUGUCAUUUCCAACAGUCAAGAUGAAGCGGAGGCUUCCCAUCCGAGUGGCUCCCGUCGAGAGAACCUCUCAUAUCCCAGUCGAAGAUCAUUAGAUAACAGAUUCUUGAAAAGAACGAAAGUGUUUAGGCAAAAGGAGGCAGAUAAGCAAACAAAUAUAUUUUGUAAAAUAGCAAAGAAGAGAAGCAAACAAUAUUGGUGGGUAAGGCAGAAAGAGCCAUACGUACAGCUAGUGAUGGCUCAAAGAUGAGGGAUUCUAAUUAUUUUGUAUAUUUUGUCAUGUCAAAUUAUAAGCGUUGGUUAGGUUGUCCCUUUCUCUUUUAUUUAUAGUACUAAAGCCAAACGCAACUUGAGAUAUGUAUGUAUGGGUUGUAUGUAAACUAAUAUGGUUCCUAUGCAUGUGUUCUAAGUUAAUUAUAGCUCUA